CACGCUCCGCGCCACCGCGGGGCUCUGGGCCGCAAGGCAGACCCUGUGCGGAGCGAGGACUCCGGCUGCGGACGCCCGGGCCCUGCGUUUGGCCGGCCGCCCGCGGGGUGCUGCGCUCCUCCCCGGAAGUCCCCGCGCCCGAGGGGCAGGGCCUGGCGCUGCGUCGCCGCCGCUUCCGCGUCGCUGACUUCCGGCCGCCAUCUUGCUCCCGGGGAGACGCCGCGGCUGGGAGGGCGACGGAGCCGGAGCGUGGCGACGGAGCGGCUACCGCCAUGCCGUCGUCGCCGCUGCGGGUGGCGGUGGUGUGCUCGAGCAACCAGAACCGCAGCAUGGAGGCGCACAACAUCCUCAGCAAACGCGGGUUCAGCGUCCGGUCCUUUGGGACAGGGACGCACGUGAAGCUUCCGGGACCAGCACCCGACAAGCCGAAUGUCUAUGAUUUCAAAACCACGUACGACCAGAUGUACAACGACCUUCUCAGGAAGGACAAAGAACUCUACACACAGAAUGGCAUUUUGCACAUGUUGGACAGAAAUAAGAGGAUCAAGCCCCGACCGGAGAGGUUCCAGAACUGCAAGGACCUGUUUGAUCUGAUCCUCACUUGUGAAGAGAGGGUCUACGACCAGGUGGUGGAAGAUCUGAAUUCCAGAGAGCAGGAGACCUGCCAGCCCGUGCACGUGGUCAACGUGGACAUCCAAGACAACCACGAAGAGGCCACGCUGGGGGCCUUCCUCAUCUGCGAGCUGUGCCAGUGUAUCCAGCACACGGAGGACAUGGAGAACGAGAUCGAGGAGCUGCUGCAGGAGUUCGAGGAGAAGAGCGGCAGGACCUUCCUGCACACCGUGUGCUUCUACUGACCCGGCCUCCCGAGCCGCCUUCUGUGCAUAGUUUUCCUUCCGAUGACUUGUUUUCAGUUUUAGGAGUUCUGCCGCGACGGUAGUGUCACCAAUAAACUGUACAUAAGGAAUGAGAAGAAACACACGUCAAUGCCAUGUUAGAAAGAAGCGAGUUUUUCCAUCCCACUUUUACUUAUGAGUGGGAUAUUGAUUAUAAAGUUUUUUUCUUUAACCAAAAAAGAAAAAACGGUUUAUUGUGCAUUUUCCUCGACACCCUGUCCUCACCUGUGCCUGUCGUCCCUCCCCCACCUGGCCGGACUGUGCAGACCUAGGGGAGCAACAGGCUCUGUCCUACCAGGAAGGAGCCUGAACUGUCCAAUAAACACACGCUGCUGUCCUC